AUGAACAGUGGCAAGGCAACUCGAGGAUUCUCAGGACUGUUCUGUUUGUGGGAGAAGCCCCCAGGUGCCCAGGGCAUGGCAGUAGAAACUUGUGUGUGUGUGUGGGAGAAGCCCCCAGGUGCCCAGGGCAUGGCAGUAGAAACUUGGCAGGGGAGCCCUCUGCACGUGGGAUGUACUUCAACAUGGAUGUGGACCUGGGACCAUCACAGACUCUGGAACUGUCAGGAAUCUGAGAAUCAGGACAGCAGGCUGUUCCCACUAGGCAGUGAGCAUAACGGUCAAGGUGUCGACUGGACCCUCCGCCUCCUUCUCCCAGGACAACAUCUUGUUGGCUACACAGUCCUUGCUGCCAGAGUUGGUGGGGGCAGGGAACCACCCAGUCUGUAUCUGUGA